ACGCUGCUGCUGGCCGCCUCCAGGCUCCAUUGUGACCCCGGGAUUAAUCUACUGCUGCUCCCCAGCGGGGUGUGUGCGGGGAGAGCCUUUCCUAGCGCCCCUCGGGGCCCAGCCGGGGGGACUUUCUGCGGGGGCUGGAACCAGCCCCUGGGGCAGCCCUGGGCUCUGCCGACACCAGCCCCUGAGCCGGAGCCUGCAGGUGAGGGGGGAGACCCGGGGGAAGGGCUGGGGCCGGGCAGGAAAGUGACUCUGCACCAACGGCCCCGCCUCGCCCCAGCUCAGCUCCCGGCGGGGGUCUGCGAGUCCCAGAGCUGCUGCCCUCCCUGACUGCGCCCCUCCACCCAGGCUCUGCCCCCCUGAGCGCCUGCAGGAGCCGAGCCAGCCCCGGGAGAGCGGCCGCCCCGGGAACAGAGAAGAAGGGGAGGAAGAAGAACCUGUAUACAUGGACUUGGCAGCCAUGGUAUCGUUGGAUGAUAGUGAGGCCGAGAGUCAGGCAGUAACUGAUGAUUGCUGGUUAAAUGGCAAUAUCAUCAUGAUAACUAAGCCAGAGUCAUACAGGAUUACAUCCAGGGUACGUAGCGAGUUGCCAUCAGAAGCAGAGCAGUCUGAGCCAGAAUUGCAAGAUGAGUAACCGGGAUCAUAGAUGAGAUGGAGAGACAGACAAUGCCCAACAGCAUGGCCACUAGGAAUAAUGACAUUUCAGAAACAGAAGAGGGGAUGAUCUAGAUAUCUUCAGCAGAUUAGUUGGAUAAAGAGAGCCAGCCUUCUGGAAGAAUAAAUCUGAUAUGCACAUUCUGCUUUUGCAAAAAGGAAACUUACCAAAAAAAGCCAAUACAAAGUUGUCUCAUUCCCUUGAGAGACGGGGAAAGGAAAUGGCUGGAGUGGAGUUGGUAACCUUUGAGGAUGUGGCUGUGUAUUUCACAAAGGAAGAGUGGGCUUUGCUGGACCUGGGUGAGAGAGCCCUGUACAGGGACGUCAUGCAGGAGAAUUAUGAGACUGUGACCUCGCUGGCAAAACCUGACAUGAUCUCCCGGCUGGAACGAGGGGAGGAGCCAUGGGUCCCUGAUCUCCAGGGCUACAAGGAAGGGGAGAGCCUGAGGAAUGUCCACACAGAAGGUGAUGGCAUGAUGAGUGAGAAUGAGGAAGAGAAUCCUCAGCAAGAAGGUCCUGAGCAAGUGGAUCUACAUGGGGUGGUAUCCGGAAGAGCUGAAAAGGACGUUUCCCAGAGUCCUGAGGAGCCAGGCUUCUGUGAGAGCCAGCACAGGCCAGAGAGGCAGCAAGAAAACCACUCAGGGGAGAGAUGGGCUAAAUCCAGUCACAGAAGCAGAUGGGUCAAGAAAAUCAAAGAAACUGUUGAACAGAGAAACCCCACUAUAGAGAGACCCUACACUUGUGGUGAUUGUGGGAAAAGCUUCCCUUGGAAAUCAGUCCUUAUUAUUCACCAGAGAAUCCACACAGGAGAGAGACCUUAUAAGUGUCUGCACUGUGGGAAAAGCUUCAGACAGAGUUCAGCCCUUAUUACACAUCAUACAAUUCACACAGGAGAGAAGCCCUAUAAUUGCCCUGACUGUGGGAAAAGCUUCAACUGCAGUUCAACCCUUAUUCAACAUCACAGAAUCCACACGGGAGAGAAACCCUACAAAUGCAGUGAGUGCGGGAAAAGAUUCAGUGUGAGCUCUCACCUUCUGUCACAUCAGAGAACCCACACAGGAGAGAGACCCUAUGAAUGCUCCAAGUGCAGGAGGAGUUUCAGUCAAAGUUCACAGCUUCUAUCACAUCAAAGAACCCACACGGGAGAGAGACCCUAUGAGUGCCCUGUGUGUGGGAAAAACUUCAGUAGGAGCUCAACUCUUAUUACUCACCAGAGAAUCCACACAGGAGAGAAACCCUACAAAUGCAAUGAGUGUGGGAAAAGCUUCAGUGUGAGCUCACACCUGCUAUCACAUCAGAGAACCCACACGGGAGAGAGACCUUACGAAUGCCUCCAGUGCGGGAAAAGCUUCAGUCAGAGCUCACACCUUAUUAGACAUCAGAGAAUCCACACAGGAGAGAAACCCUAUAAUUGCCCCAGCUGCGGGAAACGCUUCAGUCACAACUCAUCCCUUAUUAAACAUCAGAGAAUCCACACAGGAAAGUAAUGAUAUAACUACCCCAACUGUGGGAAAAGCUUCAGAAUGCAGAUUUCACUAAUCACCAGAGAAUCAACAUAGGGGGAGACACUGCAAAUGCAGUGAGUGUGGGAAAAGCUUCAGUCAAAGCUCACAACGUCUAUCCCAUCAGAGAACCCAUACAAAAGAGAGACCCUAUGAAUGCCCUGAGUGCAGGAAAAGCUUCAGAGAGGUCAAACCUUAUUAUUCACCAAAGAAUCUCAUGGGGAAGAAACUCUUUCAAUGUCCCAAGUGUAGGAAAAGUUUCAGAAUGACUCAGCCCCUACUACACAACAGAGAAUCCACAGUGGAGAGAGACCCUACAAGUGUAUGGACGGUGGGAAAAGCUUCAGUCAGAGCUUAGCGCUUAUUACACAUCAUGCAAUCCACACAGGAGAGAAGCCCUAUAUCUUCUCUGACUGAAGGAAAAUCUUCAGUUGAAGCUCAACUCUUAGUCAACAGUAGAGAAUCUAAAUGGGAGAGAAACCCUACAAAUGCAGGGAGUGUGGGAAAAGCUGAGCUCACAUCUUCUAGCACAUCAGAGAACCCACAGGCAAGAGAGAACCUAUAAGUGGCCCGACUGUGGGAAAUGCUUCUGGCAGAGCCUAAACCUCAUAAGAAAUUCCACACAGGACACACAUCAUAGAAAUGCCCUGGUUAGGGAUAACCUUUGCCAAUUCCCAUGAAUUUCAGAGGGUCAGGCUAGGCUGGAGUAGCCAUGUAGUGAGGAUAUGCAAUGUGUAGUUAUUAAAACAGAAAAUGAAAUCACUUUGUUGGGACAGAGAUGUACAGAGCAAGAGGCUAGGAUGGGAUUAGAUUGUAACUUCUUCAGAAGCUCUGAACACUGAUCAUGCUCCAUUCAGUUGUUAUAAAUGUAGAACAAUCUUUAUGUUAUGACUUCUCAUUUAUUCUUGAUAGUGUUUUAGGCCCAAAUCCAACAUGGGAUUUAUGCAUUGUGACACUCAGAUAAUUACAAUGCCUAACUUUUAGGUUGUUCACAGGAACAACCCUGGGAUCCACAAAGCCCAAGUUAGAUAUCCAGGCUCCCUAUACAAGGAAGGGGAAGAGAAUGCAUCUUAGAAUGUGAUUCACAAAAGCCUUUGCACUAGGUGGGGAGCUGCCUAAGCUAAUCGGUAGGAGAUGCCAAUGAGAAGGGUAUGUCCUAAGCCCUGCCCAUUUCAUGGAGAUAGGCACCUAUCUCUGCUUCUGAUUCAUGAAGUGGAGAAGUUAGACACUCCUCUGCUGAUGGCAUCCAAGCCAAUAGGUAUGUUCAGAGGCUGCCUACCUCCACACAAAACAGCUGGUGUGGGAAAGGAGGAUCUCACUCAUAACGUUUAGCCCCAUCAUUACGGCACUUGCCCAGGAUGUGGGAGACCUCCCCCAUUUCAAGUCCCCCCUCCAUCUAAUGAAACAAAGGUAUCUGAGCAGGUAUCUGUCACCUCUCGUGAGUGCCCUGGCCACGAAACUAUGGGAUAUUCUGAUAGAUCCCUCAGUAUCUCCUUAUGAAACAAUUCCACCUUAUAUAAAUACUAAAAAGAGUCCUUUGGCUAGAGAGAGAGAGAGUUGGAAUGACUCAGCAGCAUUAUGGUUAGGGCAACCACUCCAUAAGGUGGGUGACUGUGAGUCCAGUUCCCUUUUUCCAUUGACUCUUUACAUUUCUUUGAAGACAGAAUCCUAUGUCCCACCAUGAAGGAGACUUCACAAUGAACAACAGAAGCCAGGGUGAGAAAUUCCACCUGGUAAAAAGUGCAGAAGGAUUUAGGAAAUCCAUGCUUGUUGCUAAAAUUACAUAGGGAAUUUAUGCACUUUGAAUGAAGUCAGAAUUUGUUCUUUCAGAGCAUAAUUAUUGUUUCCUUAGAACACUGAACCCAUUGGAGUUCAGAUUUAUUCCAUAAAUCCAGACUCUUGGGACAGUAGGAACUCUUACUUGGAAAAUACCAGUCAUAUAAGGCUAACAACUUCCACCCAACUAUGAAAAAUAUUGUAGUGCUUCAGUGAAAACACGGCCUCCGUCGAUGAGAGAGUUUCUCCUGAUGGCAUAGGUACUCCACCUCUUGGAGAGGUGGUAGCCAGGUCAAUGGGAGAUUUCACCCAUCAACCUAGCACUUUCUACACCGGGGGGUUAGAUCAGUUUAAAUGUGUAGCUGAGAGGGGAGGGAUUUUUCAGACCAAUGAGUGAUGUAGUCAUACCAACCUAAUUUCAUAAUGUAGAUCAGGCCUUAGAUCUCUCUCCCUUAUAACAUUACACUCUAUGUGAGAUUGAGAAAAGCUACCUUCCAACUUCAGCAUCUUUCUACAAUAUUUAUGUUCUAACCUCUAGAAUACUUUUAUUCUAUUUUUAAUUGUGUGGUGUGUUUUUAACUACAAGAGUUAUCAAAUGUGUUAAUACCUUAUACUCCUAUACUAGCCUCAUUUCACCCUUGGGGUGGUAGCUUAACUAGUUUAUCUUUGUGUAUUUAAAAUACCAUAAGUAGGGUACUUUGUGAUAAUUCUCUUUCUAUACUUGAACACUACAGUGUUUACUCACUGGUAUACAGAAUUAUGUUUAAUAAUCUCUCUUUUCUGCCAAUUAAUUCGAUCACCAGGAUCUUCCUGCUAGCUGCUUGUUAACUCUAAGAACCCUCCCUCAGCCUGCUUGAUUAGCUGUAAUUUGAAUACCAUGGUUAAUCAAACUACUUUCUGAACUUUCACACUUGUAAAAUUGCCUAUUAACUCCACUAAAUCAAAAGCAAUCCUCUCUGCUCUCCACUGUUGUAUAAUAAUCACAUUGGGUGAUUCUUGUACCCCCGCUUUUCUAUGUAAUUGUAGUCAUUUCCAGCUAGAGAUGUUUGUCUAAACUCUGCUGAAUUUCAAGCUGUAGUAAUCAUAUGACUCUGGCUUCGCCUUAAAAAUUUCACUUAGCCUCAAAAUGCUACCGUUUUUGAGACGGAAGUAAAAGUAUUAGCAACA